ACUAUUUUACAAAAAAUUUCCUCGAUCAGAGAUUGUCAAGCGUAUUUUCUGUUAAACGAGAAAAGAAAAUUUCGUUAUAGACGAAAGGUUAAAUUAUCAAUUAAUCUCUAUGAUAUAAUAUAUUGUAUAAAUAAUAGUAUACUUUAUAGCAGAGUGUAUCGAGCACUUCUAUUAUAAUGUAAUCUUUCAGAAAACCCUAAGUUGGCUCUACGGAGUCGAGACAUUUAACAUUUAAUAUAUAUUAAUAAACAAAUUUCAGAAUAAUUUGAUAAUUCGUUUUGCUAGAAAUCCUAAAGCAUUUGCGUUCAAUACUUAUAUAUAUAACAAAAUGCAUAUCUCAAACGUUUUCAAUGAGCUCUGUCAAUUAUUAAGGCAUGAAUCAUUCCAACGAAUAACAUUCUUCGAAUCGGGCAACUGAUUCAUGAGAAUUUGUAUAAAGCAAGCAUUAUUUAUUGUUUAUUUAGGGGUGAAUCAGGAGAGGAAAUGGAUUAAGUGACGUGUAAUCACUAUUCAAAUUGUCAAAAUGGCAAAGUAUGACUUAAAAGCGCUGCCCAUAGGCUAUGAAGUUCAUGGUAUUAACUUGAAGAACGAAUUACCGGCCGAUAUCGUAGACCAAAUAAGAAAAGAUACAAUUAAGCAUAAAAUUUUAGUUUUCAAAAAUCAAGGCGUUAUUUUACCCCAGCGACAGUUGCAAAUUACGAGAUGGUUCGGCGAUAUAGAGGAGCUAGGGAUCGAAGAACAUGCCAGAGUUAAGGGCUGUACAGGCGUUUUAAGAGUGUCUAAUGAUGAAUUAGAAGGUUUAAGAGGUUUUGGAACUAGUGGUUUCCACAUCGAUGGAGGUUUCCUUCACAAUCCGUGCGCAAAUUCUAUUUACCAUAUAGUCUCCUGUCCUAAGGCUGGAAAGACUGUCUUCAUCGACUUGGCCAAAAUAAUAGAGAACCUAGCACAAGAGAUGCUUUUAAGAUGGGAAAGAUUAUGGCCAGUCUGGACGUAUAAACAGAUUCUAGGAAGUUGUAAUUCAGGUCCAACCGUCGUGGCACAUCCCCUUAUUUAUCCACAUCCCUUAACUAGUCAACCAACAUUGGCCAUAGCAAUGGGAAAAAUUAAACGCUUUAUUUGGGAUAUGGGAACAGCUACAGAGCGGAAGGCAACAAGAGAAGAGUCUACGUCUAUAUUGAAGGAGAUACAAAAUGAAUUGGACAAAAAUGUCCAAUACGCUCACGCUUGGGAGUCGGGCGACUUUAUUAUUACAGACAAUUUAGCUGUAGGGCACUAUGCUGAUGCAGAUACGCAGAUGACGAAGGAGGAGGUCGGCCUACGAGUUAUGCAUAGAACAUGUGUUAGAGGAAAGUUUGUCCCUUUCAAAAACGAUUGUAUACCUAUCGAACCCUCUAUAACUGCGCCUAAUUCUGAAGAAUUACCGUCUUUGACCGACCUCGAACUUAAUCUCCCAGACGACGUUGUUAAAGAUAUCGAAAAUCGAAUUGAGGAGAUUAAGAAAGAGGAAUUACCCAUUAAAGAUUAA